CACCCCAACCUCAACCUCAACACCGAGGAGCAAAGAGUCUACGGGCAACUGCUGAAAGAAGCUGACCCUGACGGGUUCGGAGCUGUAUCUGGCGAUGUCGCUGUCAGAUUCUUCGAGCGAACAAAGCUCCCCCCAGAUGUGCUCGGACAGAUCUGGCAGAUUGCGGAUACGGAAAAUCGAGGCUUUCUGACACCAGCAGGAUUCGGCGUGGCGCUGCGAUUGAUCGGUCAUGCGCAAGCUGGUAGAUCACCAUCAGCUCAAAUUGCACCACAAGCCGCGCCCCUUCCUCGGUUCGACAAUGCUGCGCUGGCAGAGCAACCUCAUUCUCCUACCGGAGCUCCAGCGAGUCCAACCGCAAUAGCGCCUCCUCCGAUCCGCGUUCCUGCCUUGACUCCCGACAAAGUCGCAGAGUAUUCGGGGCUGUUUGAGAAAUCUGGUGCAGAAAAUGGAUACCUACCAGGGCUGAUAGCCAAACAGAUAUUCGAAAGAGCAAGAUUACCCAAUGAAGUACUUGGAAGAAUAUGGGCUCUGUCCGACACACAAGGCCGAGGAUCCUUGAACGUCACGGAAUUCGUUAUUGCCAUGCACCUUCUGGCCUCCUACAAAUCCGGACAGAUGCGCGGUGUUCCCAACACUUUACCACCUGGUCUUUAUGAUGCUGCGAAUCGUCGGCCGCCUGUCCGAAUGGGAAGUAACUCGCGUCCUGGCUCGAGUGCCCUAAGUGCAGUUCCUCCGCAGCUCACCGGGUUCACUGCUCGCCCACAGAGCCCAGUCACCAGACAACAGGUCAGCACGCCAUUAUCCGCCCAAUCGACCGGGGAUGGCUGGGUGGUCGCGCCAGCCGACAAAGCUCGAUUCGACUCGAUAUUUUCAACGGUUGACCGCCAGGGUCUGGGCUAUAUCACAGGAGAACAGGCCGUAGAAUUCUUUGGCAAUGCUAGAUUACCAGAAGAAGUGCUCGCUCAAAUCUGGGAUUUGGCCGACAUCAACUCAGAAGGGAGAUUGAAUAAAGAUGAGUUUGCUGUGGCUAUGUAUCUGAUCCGACAACAGCGAGGAACGAAAGAUGGACGCGGCAAUCUUCCAUCCACCUUGCCUCCAGCCCUGAUUCCGCCGAGCAUGCGGAAGCAACAGGCACCCCCUUCACAACCAACUGCGCCGUCCUUCGAAAACGCACCCGUCACUAAGCCUCGUUCGGCUGCUGAUGAUCUUUUUGGUCUCGAUGCAUUCGGGCCAGCCCCAUCCGCCCCAGCUCCAGUCCCAGCACCAGCGCAAGCUCCGCAAUCGACCGGAGGUACAGAUGCAGGACCUUUCGCCAACCCGCCGGGAAGCUAUCCCUCGGCUCUUUCACCACAAACCACCUCGACGACUUUUAAACCCUUUAUUCCUUCCAGCUCGUUCGGGCAAAGCAUCAUCCCUCAAUCUACCGGCUCCCCAGCUCCUCAGGCCAGAUCUCUACCGGCACCAAACGAUGAUCUACUUGGAGAUGCCGAUCCCGAAAUCAGCUCAAAGCUUACUAAUGAAACGAGCGAACUCGGCAAUCUAUCAAACCAGGUUAGCACUUUAUCCAACCAGACAACGGAACUGCAAGGAACCAGAAAGCAGACGGAGCAAGAGCUGUCCAAUGUGACGGCACAGAAACGAGCAUUCGAAGGCCGACUGGCUCAGCUGAGAUCCCUCUACGAAAAGGAGGUUCAAGAAGUCAAAGCUCUGCAGGAACAAUUGACGACAUCGAAGAAUGAAACUAAGAGAUUGCAGCAAGAUAUGGCAAUGAUCGACGGUACUCAUCAAGAUUUGUCCACUCAACACCAACAGCUUCGUGCCCAGCUGGAGAAUGAUCAGCGCGAAAACGCGUCACUGAAAGAGCGCAUUCGACAAACGAACCAGGAGACCGAGCUGCUCAGACCUCAGCUUGAGAAAUUGAGGUCCGACGCAAGACAACAGAAAGGACUUGUGGCUAUCAACAAGAAGCAGCUUGCUACUAAUGAGGUGGAACGAGACAGAAUCAAAGCCGAAAUUGCCGCCGCGCAAAAGCAGGUCGAAGAUGCUCAAAAGGAGGCGGAGGAUCCCCCUACCGUCGCGAGCCCAGCACCCUCGACAAGUUCGAACCCGUUCUUCAGGCGCACUACUGAGACUCCAACCUCCCCACCCGUGUCUCGAGAGGAGACGAAAGACCAUCACAGCGCCUUUGACAACAUCUUUGGUCCCUCCUUCGGUGCUGCCGCUGCGCCUGCACCAUCCGUUUCCUUCACGGGCCAGUCCUCUGUGCCGUCUUCUUCAUCGAAUGCUACUCUGGAAGAGUCAACAGCAGCAUCCUCGACACCUCGGGAUACUGCUGAACCUCCUGCACCGCCCCAGUCCCGUCAAUUGACUUCUGCUGCGCUGCCGUUUCGCAGACCCUUAGGUAGAGAGGACUCGAUCAGUUCCUCCGUCCAGGUCGCCCCACCAGCUAGUCGAUUGAGUCCUUCUGACACCCCCCGUGCUUUGACACCAACUACCUCUACGUCAAGCCCUGAUAUCCCUGGGGCGUUCCCUUCAACGUCAGGAGCACAGACACCCGCACAGGGACUCAAUCCGACCGCUGCAAACGAAGUCCGAGACGGCUCUAACGCACAUGGAACCAAUCAUGAAGAAUCAUCGGCGAACGCAGGGCAAACCUUUGAUGAAUACUUCGGCGGCCCUUCCCACCAGCGCACCGCCUCGCAAAAGGCAGCUGACUUUGAUUCUGCUUUCGCCGGCAUGUCGCAGAGCAUGGCUGUUAAUGGUGAGCAGAGUAAUGCAGGCAAAGAAUUCCCCGACAUUCAGGAAUAUGUCGAAGAUGACAGCAGCGAUUACAGCGAGAGUACACCUAUGAAGUUUGAGGAUGAUUUCAAUACCCGGUCUCCUCCACAACCCACGGCACCCGAUGCUACGACAAGGACUGGAAAACAACCCGAAGUGAUCGAACCACACGACGACGUCGCAUCCACGCGACCUCCACUAGGUGCAAUGUCUUCCACAGCGACAUCGUUGCCGGGAGUGGAUCAACAGAAAUCCCCUCCAUCGUAUGGUGAGGUUGUGCCAGAAGACAAUCCCUCGCAUUUCCCUCCCGAGUUUAAAGGACUCCUCCCAGAAAGAGAAGAUCCUACUUCGCCAACUCCAACGGCUGGCGGCUCGACACAUCCAGCAUCGCCACCAAUGGGAAAUCCGCCCGCAUAUGGUCCUGAAGCUCAGGCCCGGAGCGCCUCAGAUGGUCAGGCGGCUACUGCGCCUCCACCAACGAAAGCAGCACCCUUUGACUUUGACAGUGCCUUUUCUGGAAUGGGUUCCGCUCCUGUAGAGGACGACAACGAAGAUGAGGAGGAAGGGGAGGUUUUUACUCCAGCCAAAAACGCAGCUGAUUUCGACCCAACAUUUGACUCACCACCACAAACCAAACCUUCAACUGCUCCCCACGCAUCGGCCUAUGCAUCCGUGACGAACGGCACACCAGGACCUGUGGGAGAGACCUUAUUCGGCUCAAACGGCACAGCCCCAACCAAUUCAUACGCAGGGCCAGCUUCUCCCGUUCCAGCCGUGUCGCACGACUGGGAUGCGCUCUUUGCUCCGCUGAACACAAGCACAGAUUCCCCAUCAGUUCAGUCGUCCGCACAGCCGGUACAAGAUACUCGGCCUGAACUCGGGCGGGCACUCAGUACGGGCACGGAGCACGACGACCCCAUUCUGAAGCGGCUGACAGCAAUGGGAUGGACACGAGAAGAGAGUCUGGAUGCUUUGGAAAAGUUUGAUUACAACAUUGACAAGGUGAGAUGCCCCCAAAAGUGA